UUAUCCCCCCGUGCAUUUGGAGGAAUCAAGCACACCAACAUCAGCAAACAUGGCCGAUAAAGCAAAAACGAAAACCGAGAAUCCAAAAACAGAGAAAAAAGAAGACGAGAAGAAAAAGAAUGGGGAAGAAAACAAAGAACAAGAAUUGACUGAGGAAGAUCAGCUAUUACAUGAUGAGUUGAAUUUGUGUGUUGAAAGAUUGACUGAAUCGGAUCAAAAGUUGUAUAAAGCUGCACUGGAAAAUCUGAGAACUCUUAUUAGAGCAUCCACAACAUCGAUGACAUCAGUUCCAAAACCUCUCAAAUAUUUACGACCCCAUUAUGACACUCUGAAACAGGUGCAUGAAAAGAUCAAGGAUGGGGAUACCAAGAAAUUCUGUGCUGAUAUUAUCUCUGUAUUAGGUAUGACAAUGAGUGAUGGUAGAGACAGUUUAAAAUACAGAUUGUUGGGUUCAAAAGAAGAAAUAGGAUCUUGGGGACAUGAAUAUGUAAGGCAUCUAACUGGUCAGAUUGCACAGGAAUGGCAGGAUACUGAAAUUGGUGAUAAAAUUAUGAAAGAUCAACUUAUUAUUCUAACUAAGCAAAUAGUACCGUAUCAUAUGACGCAUAACGCAGAAGCAGAAGCGUGUGAUCUAUUGAUGGAAAUAGAGAGAUUAGAUUUAUUGAUGGAAUAUAUUGAUGACUCAGUUUAUUCUAGAGUUUGUCUCUAUCUAACAAGUUGUGUACCCUAUGUACCAGAUCCUGAAAACACUACACUUAUAAAAACAGCUGUAGAUAUAUAUCUUAAAUUUAAACAAUUUCCACAAGCCUUACGAUUUGCUCUCCAUUUAAACGACAUCAAACUUAUAGAAGAAAUAUUUUAUUCUUGCAAUGACACACACAUGCAGAAACAACUAGCUUAUUUACUAGGACGUCAACAGAUAUUUUUAGAGUUAAAUGAAGAUAUGGAAGAAUAUGAUGAAUUAACCGAAAUAAUGUCUAAUGCUCAUCUAAAUAAUAACUUUCUGGCUUUAGCUCGAGAGUUGGAUAUAAUGGAGCCUAAAGUACCUGAAGAUAUUUAUAAAAGUCAUUUAGAACCUAAUAGAUCUACACUUGGACCAAGUACAGUAGAUAGUGCUAGACAGAAUUUAGCAGCAUCUUUUGUUAAUGGUUUUGUUAAUGCAGCAUUUGGUGCCGAUAAAUUAUUAAUGGAAGAUGGUAAUAAAUGGUUCUUCAAGAACAAAGAACAUGGCAUGUUAAGUGCUGCAGCAUCUCUAGGUCUUAUAUUAUUAUGGGAUGUAGAUGGUGGAUUAACACAGAUUGAUAAAUAUUUAUAUUCAUCUGAAGAUUAUAUUAAAGCUGGAGCUUUAUUAGCUUGUGGUAUAGUUAAUUCUGGUGUAAGAAAUGAAUGUGACCCAGCUUUAGCUUUGUUAACAGACUAUGUCAUGCAUAACAGUAACGUGAUGAGGAUAGGAGCAAUAGUUGGAUUAGGAUUAGCUUAUGCUGGAUCAAAUAGAGAUGAUGUUAUUAGUCUUAUUUUACCUGUUAUGGGAGAUUCUAAAUCUAACAUGGAGGUUAUUGGUAUGGCGGCAUUAGCAUGCGGUAUGAUAUCUGUUGGGAGCUGUAAUGGUGAAGUUACAUCUACUAUUCUACAAACUAUGAUGGAAAGAUCAGAAUCCGAACUUAAAGACACAUAUUCUAGAUAUUUAGCUCUUGGUUUAGCUUUACCAUAUUUAGGUAUGACUCAUACUGAUAAUACAAAUUCUUUGAUUAAUAAUAAACAGUCUCUCAAAUUCUCUAAUCUAAUGCAGCGAUUUAUUUGA